UGGCAGUUUCUAAAUAUGGGGUUGAGGCAAGGUGGCUUUGGAUUGGUGUUUAUGCUUGCGUUUAGCUUGUGUGAAGCACAGUGGCAAGGAAGGUCAGUACAUAAUCAGUACCUAUUUGGGCAAAAGCCAUUAGCACAAGAUUCUCAAUGGGUUGAAUCCAGGGUUUCUCAGAGAUAUGAACCCAGCCAUCUUUUUUUUGCACCACAUAGGUUUCCUGCUCAGUUUCCUGUCCAGACACUAGCCAAGGCUGGCUUUGGAAAGCCUUCUCAAGAUCUUUUGGGUGUUCAGUCAAAAGAGCUGUUGCAGGGUCCAGUGGCAAAACUGACGUGGAGCUUUCCAAGUCUACCAGAGGAACCACAGCAGCCAGACAUUCCCUUCGAGCUGCCGCAUCCUAUCCCUCCCAACAGUGUAGCGGCUCAGUGUGGAGAGAAUUCAUUAUAUGUGGAAGUGAAGGAGGACUUCUUUGGGACUGGGAAGCCACUGAUGUUCUCAGCUUUUACACUGGGAGGCUGUGCUGCAACUGGAGAGGAUCCUUCUGCUCAAGUGCUCAUUUUUGAGUCUGAACUGCAUGGAUGUGGCAGCACAUCAGCUGUGACUGAGGAUGAGCUUGUCUAUAUGUUCAACCUUAUCUACACCCCACAAGAGGCUUCCUAUGGUGUUCCUAUUGUCAGGAGCAGUGGUGCGGUAGUUGGUAUUGAGUGUCACUAUCCAAGAGUGCAUAAUGUGAGCAGCAAUGCCUUAUUACCCACUUGGGUCCCAUAUGCCGCUAUUAUAGUUGCAGAGGAACUUUUGGUCUUCUCCCUCAAGCUCAUGACUGAUGACUGGAGAUUUGAGAGACCUUCUAACCAGUACUUCCUGGGUGAUUUCAUUAACAUUGAGGCUUCAGUGAGGCCGUACAACCACGUUCCCCUCCGUGUGUUUGUGGACAGCUGUGUGGCUACUUCAAUCCCUGAUACCAGUGCUGUACCCAGAUACUCCUUUAUUGAGAAUAAUGGGUGCCUUGUUGAUGCAAAGCUUACAGGCUCCAGCUCUCGCUUUAUGCCCCGAACUCAAAUUGACAAGCUGCAAUUUCAGUUGGAGGCGUUCAGAUUCCAGCAAGAGACUAGUGGAUUUGUCUACAUCACUUGUGUUCUCAAGGUGGCUGCAGCAUCCAACCCUACUAAUGUUGAACAGAAAGCUUGCUCUUUGUCUGCUAAUGGGUGGGUUGCUGCUGAUGAGGAUGAUCAGGUGUGUGGCUGCUGUGAUGCAACCUGUGGCACUAGGAGUGGAAGUGAUCCGCUUCUUAAAGAUCGGCGGUGGGAGAUGGCAUCUGUUGGACCCAUCAGAGUCAAGGACUAUGGUUUUGGUCCGGUGUAGUGUAAUAACUGCAGAAUGACAAAAUAAAGUCAUGUUGGUCAUA